AUGACUCUAAGUGUGCAAAAACGCUUCCCUUUCCCUCCGGCUAUUGUUAUUGAAAUCCCACACAAUUCAGCAGGACAGUCCACUUAUGGAAGUCAGGAAGAACUGCAGAGCAAUCCAAUCCGUCGCAUAAGACGACAAGCAGGUCAUUGGUCUACAGACACGUCCGGAACUUUUUACCAUCAUCCUAAAUUUGGAUCACAGAAAACACAACUCACCCUGCGUUCUGACAUUCACCAAGACCUGCUGAACACUGAAAAUGUUUCCAAAGAGUCUUUAUCACGUCGCGGCUCGUUUCGCACUUCUCAGAAUUCCGUUGCAACACCAAAUCUCAGCCCGCCAUAUUGGAUGCCGUGUACACAUAUUGAAACAACAGAAAAUUUGUUUCUCGGUGUGCCAAAGGGUCCAUGUAUCCUACAGCAUUCACAGUCUUUACGGUCCACGAAAAGUUUCAGCGAUCGUGUUACACCUACUAACUCGGGAGCCGAAGACAGUGAGAAUUUCAAACCAUUUCCUAAACAGUUUUUUCGGAGUGUACAAAAUGGUUCAUUGUUGGGGGGCUCUAGACACAGUCCACGAACUCUGCGAGACCGUUGCCCCAAUCAUACACACUGCAGCAUCGGGAAUGUAGUUUCUCCAGAUGCCGUACGGCAACACUUGUACUGUCGGUCUCACUCACCACACUUUUCCAGUUCUGGCGCAUCGUCUUCGCAAAUCUCAACUCACUGUUUGACAAAUUACGCUGGAAAACCUAUAAGGCUUGCCCACCAUAGGUCAUUCCGGGGAGACUACACACCUAGUCCUGUGAGAAACCACAGAUUACACCGCUCCACAUCUUUGGUAGAGGGUCCUCAUGUAUCGCGCCGUUUGAGACUUUAUGAGUGCGCGUCUCCACUGUACCCACUUAAUCGCAAAUCUUCUAUGCCGCGCCCCCAUAGAUCUCGAAAACGCCACUGCUCGCUACAUACCGAGGAGUGGCAACAACGUCGUGGACCUGGUGGAAUGGAGGGUUUUUGUUUGAACAGCAUGAACGCCCUCACGGAGGCCUCAGUUGCUUACAACAUGGCACCUUCGCUAGCCCAUCGUCGUCACACUGAUGGAAUAGACCCUAAACCCAGUCUGCUCAAGCCACUUGAUUUUAGCCGGCGUGCAAACUCAGUGAGUUCGUAUCUACUGCGAAGCCCAACAGGAUCGUUUUUAAUAAGCCCAGCUGAACGAAAUAUCUGUUCAGAUUGUCAUCAGCCACUUUUUUUCUGUACCUGUGACACUAGUCCAAACAAGCGUGACCCUACCCUGGCUCCAAACACUUCGUUUAAGCCUCCGUGCGUUGAUAUAGAGCAUGGCAGUCUUCCAAGAGUUGGCUCGCCAGUUUGUCUUCCGGAUUCACAAGAAGCCGCACGUGGUCUUUGCUUUUGUCAGCUGCACGUACUGCUUGUAAUUAUGCAGAUCGUUUUGGGAAUGUCGACAACUGCGCUGGGAUUUUACUUGCAUUGGAAGAUUCCUCUGUUGCCACUUGAGGAAUGUGCCUUUUGGGCAGCAAUUCCGCGUGCUACAGGAAUUUUGACCCUCAUCAGCUGUGUUCUUUGCCUGGUGGCAAGCAUCUUUUCUGGACAAAAAGGCAAUGUGAUUGCUUCUAGUGGCCAUCCAUGUCAAGUUGUACGCCCGACUACACACACUAAAAAUGUAACUCAAUCUUUGGCUUUGCCUGAAUACGAACAUCAGUGCUGUUCAGACACUUCCAGUCUCGAUGGCCAUAAUGUUUGUCAGUGUUUGAAUAUGCGGAACCAGGUAAUAUGGAGUUACCAUAAGAUCACCUGUCGCUAUCUCAUUUCUUCCGUGAAAGAUUAUCUCAUUCUACAGUCCGCGCUCAUGGCUGUUGCGGCUGGCGUGUGCCUUUGGUUUUGGGUCGUGUUAACUGAACAACGUUAUGUGUUGGGUGCUAUUCCACCUGUUCAUCCGAGUCCAGACAUGAAGUCCAAGAAACAAAGUCUUUCCUCUCCAAGGACUUCUUGCGGAGAAACGACAACCACAUCAUACGAUGGACGUCACAGCUCAUUCGAUGGCACAGAGCAAACACGGAAGUCGACUGUAAAUCGUUUGAACUGUGUUCUGGAGCAUCCAGGCGGUAAUUUGAUAUCCAAUGGUACUUGCAAACGUGACAGCAGUAGGUCUGGUUUUUCGGACAACGUUUCUCGCUCUAACUCACCUUCGAUCCAUGCUGAAGAGAGCGUACCACUCUCUUUUGAAGAAAUUCAUUGCAAAAGUUCAGACCAAGAACAGUGUUUGAAGGAUAGCGGGGUCGUGAGCUCGGACAAUGCAGAUAUGGACCCUGAGGUUGCAAAGUGUGCCAGAGGACACAGCAGCAGUGAUCUGAAUUUUAUCAAGCCGGAUCUCGCUGGAUCGGAUAAGAAUAAAUCAGAACCUUAA